AUGUCGUCCCAAAAGCGCGGUAGGACCGAUGGCCACCUUUCGAAGGAGCAGUAUAAUGCCGGUGGAGGUGCUUCAUCCAGCCAGGUUCAGGGGUUUUCUUUCGGAGGCGCGUCUGGCCUUUCUUCUGCGCCGGUGGCCGACCAAGACACGCUGACGGCGCGCAAGAUCGUGAGGGUGGGGACCGGGAGGAUGCGCCGCCUGAACAAGAAGUUCAAGGACGCAGUGCAGCAGGUGCUGGCGCGAGACGGCGAUACGGACCUGACCUACAUGGUGGCCGACUACUUGUCGUACUCGGCGAGAGUGCACCAAACGUUCUUCGCCGACCAUGGACAGGUGCACAUGUGCGGCAACGGGGACUGCGGCCAGCUGGGCUUCGGGACGGAAGAGAUGCGCGACAUGGACGUGAAGGUGCCGAGGCUGCUCCCGGGCCUGUCGAAGCAUCGGGUGACGGCCGUGACGUGCGGGGGGAUCGCCACCGCCGCCCUUACGGAGAGCGGGCGCGUGUUCACGUGGGGGUCUUCGGACGACGGGGGGAUAGGCCGUCUCUCGGGGCCCGAUGCACCGGAACAGUUCCCGGGGGAGGUCAAGGAGGGUCUCGAGGGGGCGACCAUUAUCGGCCUCGCCUCGGGAGAUUGCCAGACCAUUGCGCUCGACCUUUCGGGGAAGGUGUACGGGUGGGGCUGCUUUAAGGACAAGGAGGGAAAGCAGUGGUUCCAAGCCCCCGCGGACAAGGGGUCCAAGGCCUGCAAGGGUGCUGCUAAACGGCCCAUCGUGAUCUCCGGUCUACCGCCACACGUGGCGGACAUCAAGUGCGGCAAUAGCUUCUGCCUGGCGCUGACAAUGGCGGGCGAAGUGUUGAGCUGGGGCAUCGGGGAGAUCGGCGAGCUUGGUCGAGAGGUGUGCUCGAUGAAAGUGCCGCCCGUACCGGGGUCGGACGAGGAGCCUCCCUACGACUUCGACGGCAUCCAGAGGGACCACCUCACCCCCGCGGGCAUGUACAGGGCGGCGGAGGACGGGGGCGCGCGGAUGGAGAAUGUGAAGGCGAUCGGGUGCGGAGACUUCCACUCGCUGUUGGUGACGAGGGCUGACGCCGACGUUUACGCCUGUGGCCUCAACUCGUACGGCCAGCUGGGUCUGGGCGACACGGACAACAGGAAGCGGCUGGCGCUCGUACGAGACCUCGCUGCUUUGAACACGAUGGCCGUGGCCGGCGGGGGUAUGCACUCCCUGGUCUUGACUACGGAGGGGCUCUUCUCCUUUGGCAGGAAGGACUCUGGACAGCUAGGCUGCACCGCUGCAAUCAACAAGGGCGACUGGGGGGCCUUCGAGACCAGUCCCAUGGAGGUACACCUACCCUCUGGAGCCGGCAGCCCCCGCAAGGUGGAGUGCGGUACUAACCACUGCCUCGUCAUCACGGACAAGCACGAGCUGUACACGUGGGGAUACGGCGAAAUGGGCGCCUUGGGUCACGGCAAGGACGUCGACUGCAACUUGCCCAAAAAGGUCGACACGGCAAAACGCGGCAUCACCAAGGUUUUGGACGCAGACGGAGGCGGACAGCAUAGCGCCAUCCUGGGAGAAACGGCGGACAGUUAA